AUGUCUGAAGAUAAUGAUUCAAUCUGGGGAUCGAGUGAUGAAGACGAUGUUCGAUAUGAACGUACAAUUGCAGAAAAGGAAUGGAAUCGCAUGCACCAAAAUCAUGGAAAUGAAGGAUACAAGGAUGGUAUUAUAGAAGGAAAAGAGGUUGUUAUGCAAAAGGGAUUUGAUCGUGGUUAUGAAGAUGGUCUUGGUAUAGGAAGAUCGAUGGGAUAUUUACGUGGAGAAUUAAGUACUUGGAUCUUGUUUUAUCAACAGAUGGUAAAUAAUCCAGAGGCUGUCAGAGUGUUGGAACUUCUUUUAGAUGAGGUCAAUAAGGUGGAUGUUCAUCAUAUCUACACCAAAGAGUAUUUUCAAGACAACUCAAAGUCUGCCGAAUACGUCUCUCCCCAGGAUUUUGUAAAGAGCUUACAGGACAAGGUUUCUUCUACUUUAAUUGCCUUGCAAGAUCACUAA